AUGAACCAUCGAUAUCGAGAAUCUCGGAUUUGCAUCUUCAAAUUGCCGUCAGCCAGAGAGUGCUGUACCAAGAGAGACCAAUUGCCUCAUUCAUCCACGUCUACUCAGACGUUUGCACCGCUCGUCCUGUCCGAACCUCAGCCCAGCCUUCCCGCUCAUUUCCGGUCCAGCCUUGAAAUCUGCUCGACUCUUCAAUCCAACGACUGGGAACAUGUGCAAACAUCACACACAGCGGCUCGAAAGCUGUGUCUGACGGUCUGGGGCGGCUGUCAUCAGCGAGCUAGCACUGCUAUUGCAGCCGAACAACCCAACAUGGCUACGACAGCUGUUGCUGUACUCAAGGCAGCGCAAGCUGAGACCGAAGCCGUGAUGCAGUCAACGCGGCGUAGUGAGCUUCAGCUUGAAGCAGCUUCUACAGCGACUGGAGAUGCCACAGCGACUGGAGAUGCCACAGCGACUGGAGGUGCCACGACGACUGGAGAUGCCACGACGACUGGAGAUGCCACGACGACUGGAGAUGCCACGACGACUGGAGAUGCUUCCACUCAUGCACAACCAGAUUAUGCAUGGUCAAGCCAGUACCCAUAUUCAAGAAGCACUACUGGGUGGAGUCAUCUGAUGCUGAGAUCGUGUGAUUCUACAGUUCGGAUGUAA